AUGCGCUCUGCGGGAGGGGCCUUGGUGCGGGCCAUCCGCUGUGGCCUGCAGACCAGCGAGAGCGGAUCGAGCCGGCUGUCGCAGAACCUCCCGGGGCUGACCGCGGGCCUGUCCCAGGCCGGGAUCCACAGCCAGGCCGAUGCAGCGGGCAGCUCUCAGGGCUGGUCCCGUGCUGCGGCCGGCGCAGGCGUGGGCGCCGGCGUGCUGGCGCUGACCGCCACCGCCGCCAUGGCCGACGAGGCGGAGCACGGGCUGGAUGCGCCCAACCAGAAGUGGAGCCACGAGGGCUUCUUCUCCUCGUUCGACCACCGAGCCAUCCGCCGCGGGUACCAGGUGUACACCCAGGUCUGCGCAACGUGCCACUCCGUGAACCAGCUGCACUUCCGCAACCUGGUGGACGUCGCCUACACCGAGGAGGAGGUCAAGGAGAUGGCCGCCGAGAUCGAGGUCCAGGACGGCCCCAACGACGAGGGCGAGAUGUUCGACCGCCCCGGCCGCCUGUCGGACAAGCUGCCCCAGCCCUACGCCAACGAGGAGGGCGCGCGGUACGCCAACGGCGGCGCCUACCCGCCCGACCUCUCCCUCAUCACCAAGGCGCGCCACAACGGCGAGAACUAUGUCUUCUCGCUCCUGCUGGGCUACCGUGAGCCGCCGGAGGGCAUCUCUGUGCGCGAGGGUCUGUACUACAACCCCUACUUCCCCGGCGGCGCCAUCGCCAUGCCCAAGAUGCUCAACGACGAGGGCGUGGAGUACGACGAUGGCACGCCUGCCACCGAGGCGCAGCAGGCCAAGGACGUGGUCACCUUCCUGGCCUGGGCCGCCGAGCCGGAGCUGGACGAGCGCAAGCUCAUGGGCGCCAAGUGGAUCGGCGUGCUGGCCCUGGUCCUGGCCACCACCAUCUACUACAAGCGCUGGAAGUGGGCGCCCGUCAAGUCUCGCCGCGUCAUCGUGGACGCGCUCAACUGA